AUGAGAGUAAAACAUGAGACGAGUGUUAAGGACUGUCGCAGAAGCAGGGUUUUAGCAGUAUGCGGACUCCGGGUGUCCAGAGGAGCCAGGGGGUUCUCCACAGACCGAGUGCUGUGUGCCAAAACACGGAGAGACUCAAAGAGAGAGCUGUCAGAGAAGAAACUGACUCGAUAUUUCGUGGACUACCGCCGUGUGAGACUGGUGGCCGGCGCCGGUGGAAAAGGCGCCUGCAGCUUCCACAGUGAACCUCGCAAAGAAUGGGGCGGUCCUGACGGGGGGAACGGAGGAGACGGGGGCAGCAUCAUCAUUAAGGCUGACCGGGUGAUUAAAUCCCUGGCACAGGUCGUUUCCAUUUACCAGGGGCAGAACGGCCAGUCGGGGGGCAGCAAGAACUGUUAUGGUCGCAAUGGCUGUCCAACCUUUAUAAAAGUACCUCUGGGCACCAUAGUAAAGGAGCAGGGCGAAACAAUCGUGGACCUCUCUGACCACGGCCAGGAGUUUGUGGCUGUGUUUGGCGGAACCGGGGGAAAGGGGAACCGUUUUUUCCUGUCCAAUGAGAACCGCGCUCCAAUGACGGCCACUCCAGGAGAGGUCGGCGAAGAACGGAUCCUACAGCUGGAGUUACGCACUAUGGCACAUGCAGGAUUGGUUGGCUUCCCGAACGCUGGUAAAUCGUCUCUGCUGAGGGCCAUCUCAAAUGCUAAGCCGGCUGUAGCUGCGUACCCCUUCACCACUCUCCAUCCACAUGUGGGAAUUGUUAAUUAUAGGGAUCACGAGCAAGUAGCAGUCGCUGACAUUCCCGGGAUCAUCCGUGGAGCUCAUCUGAACAGAGGAUUAGGACUGUCUUUCCUCAGACACAUCGAGCGCUGCCGUUUCCUCCUGUUCGUCCUGGACAUUUCUUCUGCUGAGCCCUGGACAGAACUGGAGCACCUGCGUUACGAACUGGACCAGUACGAACCAGACCUGUCACAGCGGCCUCACGCCAUCAUCGCCAACAAGAUGGACCUUCCGGAGUCCAAAGAGAAGCUCCAGACUCUGAGGGGACGCGUGGAACAGAGGGUCAUCCCACUGUCCGCCCUCACAGGAGAGAACACAGAAGAGCUCAUCCUACACCUCAGGGAGCUUUACGAUGGCCAGCUUCACGGACAAGAUGACAGAUGA